AUGGCUUCACAACUUUUAUACCUCGGCCUUUUGUUUACGAUGACCAUAGCAUGUGCAUGUGCUCAAGGGGCUGAAAGCAAUGAAGAACCAAAGAUUGACAUGGGUCUGUCACUGGUCCCUGGUCCGCAUGUCAUUCUUGUUCAGCGGAACAUGAAAACACCAGUCCUGCUGAAUUGUUCUCUGAACGUCACCGAUCAGAAAUUACUGCCACUUAACUACAAAUGGCUGAAAGAUGGCCAGCCGAUAGACGUAAUUCAUCGGAAAUCAAAAAUGCAACUUCUCCCAAAUGGAUCUUUAUUAUUGCAGCCACGCAGAACCAAGAAUCGAAACCGAACUUUGGAUGGAGUAUAUGAUUGCCUCGUAACAACUGCGACAAAACAUGUUCUCAUAGCCAGACGCGUGAAAGUUGUUGUGGCAAGUAUUGCUAAAAACUUUUCAAAAGAACCAACAUCAAAGGAUGCUUAUAAGGGGGGUGUGGCUCGCUUUGAGUGCAACAUUCGGGCAGAACCGGUAGCCUCAUAUAUUUGGCACAGAAAUGAUACACAACUACCUCAAGAUGAUGAAAGAUUCACCUCACUUCGCUCAGGAGUUUUACAGAUCUCAGACAUCGACCUCAGUGAUGCAGGAUUGUAUUGGUGCCAAGCAACAACCUACCUCUUUACCUCUCAGGAACAGAUAGCAAACUUUGGUUGGAAAAAGGGCAGGCGUGCAGAGCUCAAAGUCAAAUCAGAUUCUAGUGCCCGUCCACCAACACUUCUGGCAUCACCUCAGAACAUCAGCAUUCUGGCAGGAGACACAGCAGAGUUUGAAUGUUUUGCAGAUGGAAAUCCAUUGCCAUCGGUGGUGUGGAAGAAGAAAGAUUCUGAUCUGACAUUUGGGCCCCAGAAAGUUAGCCGACAUGGUAAUUUGCGACUCGUUCAGGUGGCUCCAGAUGAUGCAGGCGUGUACGAGUGUACAGUGACUGGCCGGGGGAAGACAUUGAAGGCAUCUGCAACACUUACUGUGUUAG